AUGGGAGGAGGAGGAGGAGGAGGAGGAGGUGGUGGUGGUGGUGGAGGAGGUGGAGGAGGUGGUGGUGGUGGUGGAGGGGGUGGUGGUGGUGGAGGAGGAGGAGGAGGGGGUGGUGGUGGUUGCUACCCUACCACGAUCGCCCCAGCAACAACCACGACCGAGCAAACUACAAUCACUCCAACCACUACUACAACUACGCAAACCUGCACCACAACGACUACGCCAACCACCACAACCACUACGCCAACCACCACAACUACUAGGCCAACUACAACCACUACGCCAACUACCACAACCACUACGCCAACCACCACAACUACUAGGCCAACUACAACCACUACGCCAACUACCACAACCACUACGCCAACCACCACAACAACUACGCCAACCACCACAACUACUAGGCCAACUACAACCACUACGCCAACUACCACAGUAACUACGUCAACCACCACAAGAACUACGCCAACCACCACAACCACUACGCCAACUACCACAACAACUACGUCAACCACCACAACAACUACGCCAACCACCACAACAACUACGCCAACCACCACAACAACUACGCCAACCACCACAACUACUAGGCCAACCACAACCACUAGGCCAACCACCACAACUACUAGGCCAACUACAACCACUACGCCAACUACCACAACCACUACGCCAACUACCACAGUAACUACGUCAACCACCACAACAACUACGCCAACCACCACAUCCACUACGCCAUCCACCACAACCACUAGGCCUACGCCAUCCACCACAACCACUCCGCUAACCACUACUACCUCUACUCCACCGAACACGAACUACCCAACCACGACAACAACUUCAACUACAAUCACAACCACGAUUUUUACCGAUAUUACGACCAAGAAGGAAACUUUACCAACCGUUGUUGAUGUUACAACGGAACGAGUAACUUCAUCAACAGCAAUGGAUAUAACAACGGAACGAGUGACUCCACCACCAGCAACGGAUCCUACAACGGAACGAGUAACUCCACCACCAGCAACGGAUCCUACAACGGAACGAGUAACUCCAUCACCAGCAACGGAUCUUACAACGGAACGAGUGACUCCGUCACCAGCAACAGAACCAUCAACUGAGAGAGUCACAACCGUGAAAUCCACCACUAUAGACAUACCAGCGCCAUGCUUGAAUAAACCUCUUAGGCCCGAACGCUGUCCAGAAACAUCUAAGUGCAAAAUGCUGGAAGUAACGAGACUCCCUUAUUACUCUGACUGCUCUUCAUUUGUGUCAUGCUUCCUUGGAAUCACCACUGUCACAAAAUGUCCUGAAGGAACUGAAUUCAACGCACGACUGAGGGAAUGCGUAGAUCCAAAAUUGUCGGAAUGUUCCUUCUGCAUCCCUGUUGAGCAAGAGCUCAAAAUUCCAACAAAAUCUCUGGUCAUUGCUCACCCACCAUGUAGUGAAAAGCCCAAGUGUAAUAUAUUUGAUAUUGGCUUAAUCCAACCUCAUGAGGUCGAUUGCAAAAAAUUCUAUCAUUGUGAUGCUGGCAUGCAACUUGAAUGGCAGUGUGGCUCCGACAUGGAAUUUGACCCGAAGCGCCUUAUGUGCAUUUCUUCAAAACUCUCAACGUGCAAGAAAUGUCAGGUCCAAAAUCCAUAAAUUAAUUUUUUCAAACUUUCAUAAUAUGGAAUCUAAAUGUGUUUUAACUUAUUCAUCCUUUUCCAAUAAUAAAAUAUUUACCUCGUCUUGA